UUGAACUUUUGAAUCUAAACCCACCAAAACAACAACUAAUGGAGCAAGCAAAUACUAUGUGGACUGAAGUAAAAGGAAAAAAUACAAACGAAAUUAAGAAUUUCAUUACAAAUUUUCUAAAUACUCCAGUUCCAUUAAUAGAAAAUAGGUUUCAAGUUUUAAAUUUUAGACCAGUUCGUCAUACUAUAUCAAAGCCUAUACAGGUUUAUUCUGAACUUAACAAGAAAAAUCAAAUAGUACCAAAUGCAAUCUCACAAUACAGUGCUAUUAGUAAAAAGGAAUGUGUACAAAAAAAUGUAGUAGAAUAUACUAUUAUGCUUAAUAUUACAACAGAUACAGCACAAGGAAAACUUCAGGAGCAAAAACGUCAAUUAUUAGAAAAUAAUGUUGUAGAAAAGUAUGAUUCACCUGGUAGACCUUUAUAUUCUCUUAAAAAUCCAGAAUUAUAUAAUCAAUUGCAUAUAUGUGUGGAAUUCAGUUCAGCUAAUAAUCGGCAAAGAAAAGAAUAG